AUGGCUGCUGAGCCAGCUACCAUAGACACUCCGGCCGCAAAGCGAGAUGUGAGUGUUAGUGCCGGCGGAAUGACAAUCUCCGACGCUACGGCAACAGAACCAGGUACCAUAGACACCUCUUCCGCGGGACGAGAUGCGAACCCCGCAGGCAGUUGCCUGACAAUGUCCGGCAGUAGACCAACUACCCAGUCCCGUGUAUGCUCCCCUGACAUAGUCAAGCCGCGGCCACCUCUUAAUACCCGGACGCUUUUCGUGAAGCUCUAUGAGCACUCCGCCAUCAUCCUUCUGGCUAACCAAUCCGGCGGCUUCGCCGUCUGCGAUGAACCGCGGUCGAGUCUCGACGGAAAGAGACUCUUCAGUCCUGCCCGAAACGCCAUCAUCGCCGUGUGCCGAAGGCAUGGCGACUUCAAAGCGAAAGAUAGAUUGGGACUGCGACGAGUAUAUGACGAUGAGUACUAUGGCUCAGUUCCCGAUGAAGAGACAGCAACGUUGGCUCUAUGA